GUAGGAUGAGAUCCCGCACCAGAUUCGUCGUGAAGUGAGCGAGCGCCUGACGGAAUCCUGAAGCGAAGCUAAGCGACCAACGGCGAACCCCACCAGUACGCCACCGCCGAUUUCCCCACCCACUACGCGGCUGGAGGCAGUCGGGGAGCGAUGGCGGCAUCGGGAUCGGGAGGCGAGCCCGGGCGGCCCUGGACGGCGACCAGCACCUGGGCUCCGGCCGGAGCCGCGACGGUCGAGGACGCCGUGUCUUUCGAGACGUCCACCGACGACGCCGAGUCCUCCCCCACGGCCGUCGUCCUCGCCCGCCCGCCCUCCGACGGCGGAGAGGAUCCCCCUCCAUGCGAAGUUACUGUUAAUUUCACAGGAAAGUAUGAGAUUCAUAGAGUGUAUGUGAAAAGCACAGCCCGGAUUUAUGAAAUAUACUAUUCAACCAACCUGAAGGAUACCAGCAAGGAUUAUCUAUGCACUGUGCGCUGUGGACUUGCUGCUAAUGAACCGCUGCCCUCUGGUGAAGAGUGUAUGUCUCAGGGGAGUAGCAAUACUGUAUCUGUUGAAAAGCAUGAACAAGAGACCAAAAGUGUAACCAGUAGUAGUGAUGAAGAUAGCUGGGUUGAAGUCAAAGUUCCAGAGUCUCCUCUGGAAAGCAACACACCUGAAUCUCAAGAAAGGAAUGCGAUUGGAACCCACCAGAAAAAUACUCUGGCACACUAUGAAGCAACUGCUGAGAUAACUGACGCAAGCCCAUGUGUUUCUCUUACUGUCCGUCUUCUUUCACUAGAGUCAAAGACAUCAGUGCACCUUGAAGAGAUCUACAUAUUUGCUGAUAAUGUUGGGUCCACCAGUGAUGAGUCAGUAGCUGGUCCUGGAAACAUGGGAGGUAGUUCUUUGUUGGCUAUGCUUGUUCCUGGUCUUAUGCAAAUGUCCAAAUCUACAAAGUGCAAAAUAGAUGACAGUUAUUUUCCUGAUGGCCUGAGGACACAACUUCCUGAAGGUUGUGCAUUGAAAGAGAGCAGCCCAUGUGGAAAGAUUGAUUUAGAAGCAGCAAUGUGUGGCACAAAUGAUUCAAGUUUUAUGUCAGCUGGGUUGGAAAACAGAAUACCACCUAUGGGGGGUGAUACGAUCUCUAAUGAAAAAAGCAACCAAGGUGAGUUCCCAUUAAAUGUUCCCAGACCUCUCCCUUUGCCUGAGCGAACAACAGAAAAUAUACAAGUGGCAUCGGCAAAGGGCCAGAGAGUAUCAAAUAUGGAUCAGGACACUGGUCCUGUCAUGAAUGGAAAUUUUACUCCGCACAAUCCUAUUGAGAAGACGCUGGAAAUUCUCCUCUCCAAGGUGGAUAAAGUGGAGUUAUAUUGCUCUAGGUUUGAGGACAGUAUGAUGAGGCCCCUCGGUAGCAUUGAGGCAAGGCUUAAGCGGCUGGAGCAACAGUUUGAUUCAUUUUCUGUAGAGAUUCAGUCUUUGUCUGCAAGAAUGUCAGUCCCAAAUGUUUACUCUGAUAUCACUAACUCACAGGAAAAGGAACAUUAUAGUGGCAAUACUGGAACUUCUGCUUCUAUAAUGAACAGGCAGCCAGGCUUGGUUAUCAGGGCGCCAGAAUUUUCUUUAGAAGAUUCCUGUGGUUGUGAUUUGGCCGAUGAGAAUACAAUACGUGGACCUAAUGUUAGGGCUUCUGAUUUCAUAUGUGAACCUGAGGUAACUUGUGAGAAGCUUCAUCACGGGCCUUUUCCACCAGCUGAUUCUGCUUCAUCUUCUGAGAAAGAACGUAAGAGUACACCAGGUCUAGCUGUUAAGGUUCCAGAGUUCCCAAAUGAUGAAGACGAUGAAGUGGAGGAUGUCAAAGAAACAGCUGGUGAUCUUGAUGAUCGUCAUACAAACUCUGAUGAUACUCUGAGCAAAAGCACUGUCAACGACCCCAAAGGCAAAGCUCCUGUUACUAUUGAUGGUGCAUUAGCAUUCGCCUUGGAGGCAUUUCUCAAUUCCACCAAAGCUACGUCACCCUCGAAGUCUGUUGCUUGCACCGCCAGUAAUUUAAGUGCUGAAAAUACAAUUGAUUCCUCAAGUUCCUCCCUUUCUAAUGGACAAGCUGAUGAGAUAUCCACUAAAGAUGGAUCAGUUGGCCAAUUUCAUGGUGAAUUUGGUGAUGUAAGUAAGGAAGUUGAUGUGGUUCCACCCACUUCUGUCUCUAAGGCACGCUUGGUCGGGAAUGUUGAGGUAAAUGAACUGAAUAUUGAUCUCUAUCCUGACAAGACGGCAUUUGCUAGCACUGAACCAUGGAGUGUUCCUUCAUGGCCUCAUACUGGAUCUGUUGAUGACCGUACGCAGGUAAACGGAAAGAAUUAUGAUCCUACUUUGGACACAAUGACAUUUGUCAUGAGCAAUGAACCUGUGGAUGAUCCUUCUCAGCCUCCUCCUACACUUCUGGGGUCAGUUGCUGAUGGAACUCAGAUGAAAGAAAAAUCUUCAACUAUUUGGGAAUCUGUUGAUAAGACAGCUCAAGUGAAUGAAAGCAGACCUGUUGUAUCCUUGGCAGAGUUUCUUGCAGCAAGAAAUGCUAGCUCUUUCAGGAAUGGUCCUUCUGAGGUGUGCCUUGGUAACGAUGGUGCUGCAAUAUCCUCCUUCAAGAGAACAUCCCCAGGAGCUCAUAAGAACUUGGAAGAUGCUGACCGCAAGGUGGGCCAGAAGAACCCAAUGUUCCAACUUUUGCUAGUGAAGAAAGCUUUGGAGAUUGAUGAGGGAGACGGAAAUAUUUCUGGUGACCUAUCCAUUAACACAACUUUUGAAUCAUCAAACUGUGCAUCUCCUGCAAAUGGUGCUACCAGGGAUGGUGUCAAUGCAAUGGAAACCUUGUCAGAUAAGGAUGGAGAUCUGGAGAUUACAGAGAACAACAUUAGGCUUUCUGGUGGGAUGGACUCUGUAUUCUUUGAGUUUCCUGAUUCCAAGAAAACAUGGAUCGAUAAUAGCAGCUUGGACUCCGGCCCUGUUGAAACCCUCAUGAAACCAGAGGUGGAACACUCCUGGUUAGAUUUGAGCAGUAUAGAGUCGCUUGGUGUAGUUUUUGCCACUGAAGCCAUCAGUUCAAGGAACACUGCGACUGGAAAUCAUUUCGAAGAUCUUUUUGCAGGUAAUGGAGCUAGUUAUAACGUGACCCCUACUGCAGGGCCACAGCUGCAAAGGGUUUAUGACUUGCUACAUGAGUGCGAGAAUGACAUCUUGGGCAUGCCUUUCGUAGCAGAGAGAACAAAUAAUAGCAGCCCGUCUCUCGAAGUCUUGCUUGGAGAAUCAUCUGAUUCUGAAGCUCAAAUUUCUGAUCUGGAGGACAUUGACAAUGAAGCUGCCCCUUUUGGUUCAGAUAAUUUGUUCAGUACAUUCUCAUCUUCAGAUGAAGAAGCCUUUGCCAUGGAUGGGCCUUUGGUUGAUGUGGUCGAUGCGCCCUUACCAUCAGAGGUGUAUGCUUCUGCCGCCAAUGAGCCGUUGGUUGAUGUGGUUGAUCGGACAGAUCCUUCAGAGACGUAUGCACCUUCAGUAAACGAGCCUUACAGUGAUGUGCCUGACCUGCCAGAGCCUUCAAACAUAGAUGCUUCUGCUGUGGACAAGCCUUUGUCCAGUGUAGAUGAUCUGCCAGAAACUUCAGAGACAUUUGCUGGAGGGAGCAGUGGAGAACAUCAUGAUAGUCUUAUAUAGGGUCAGGAGAUACUGCGUACUGCUCCGCUCAUCAGAAAUAAAAGAAAGGUAUCCUUAGCUGCACUAAUUAGUUCUUUACCUGGUGUGCCAUGUACAGUGAUCGUCGUGUUUUCUUCCAUGACCAUGCAGUUUUUUGUACAUAUAAGUUCUCUGCAACAAUCUUAUGACCAGACAAGGUACCUCCGGCUCGCUUUGCUUUUCUGCCGUCUGUGUGUAAUAUAUUUACCGCCAAUCGUGAUGACACAGUGAGCAUCAUUUCGAA